GUUCGGACUCGAAACUCUUGAGGAGAAGAAGGGGAAUCAAAUCUCCGGAGCGAAUCUUCUCGUCCCUCGCGCCCGCGCCCUUUCGUUGCUAUUUCAUUCGAUUCACCGCCGGCGACAGGGCCGCGUUGGUCGAAGUGCGCGCGGACGGUGGUUGAGGUGGGCGGCCGAGAUGCGGAUCGGUUGGGCGACGCGGAUGCGAGCCUCCUUCGGGGCUCCCUUCCUCUGGCUCGUUACGCUGGUCUACUUCACCCAGGGUUUCAGAUCGUUCGUAUGGACAGCAGUUUCGUACCAGAUGAAAGACAUACUGAAGCUAUCACCAUCGGCAUCACAGUUCGUGGUCUCUGUUGCACACUCUCCGUGGAGCAUCAAACCAAUUUACGGAAUUCUGUCAGAUUGCAUCCCUAUUAGCGGGAGGAGGAGACUCCCAUACUUGGUUAUAUCCACUAUUCUUUCUCUUUUUCCGUGGCUCAUCCUUGGUCUAGCAAAUUCUCUAAGGAGUUCACGUGAUUCCCUUACUGCUUUCUUGACAUUACAAAAUUUGGGAUCUGCCAUGGCGGAUGUUGUUGUUGAUGCAAUGAUUGCAGAGGCAGUUCGGUCUGAACUUGCAGAAUUUGCUGGUGAUCUCCAAUCUUUGUCAUGGUCUGCUAUGGCCUUGGGAGGAAUAUUUGGGAGCAUGUUAGGAGGGUACACAUUGUCCCAUCUCACAAUAGACACAAUAUUUUUACUUUUCUCUGUUCUUCCAGCAAUUCAGCUUCUGUCGUGUGCUUUAGUCAAGGAGACUCCUUUACAACUCGAAAGCUUGCAACAUUAUAAGAAUGAGGAAAAUUUGGAAUUCAAAGAAGGCACUAGAGAUUAUAAAAGAAAAGAUACCCCCACCAGGACAUCUGAUACUUCCAGAAGGAGGAAGAAUAAUCAUAAAUAUCACAAAAGGAAACUGAAUUUGAAAUCUGAGAUUUCUGAAAAGCAGCCCGGUCCACUAGUUGCAAGAUACGACAUAUCUCUGAGGUCAACUAUCGUUAGUUUGGCCAAGGCCUUCAAGCAGCCUAUCAUCCUAAGACCGAUGGCAUGGUUUUUCCUCUCAAAUGUUGCAGUUCCAAACCUCUCAACGGUGAUGUUCUAUUACCAGACUGAGGUUUUGAACUUGGAAGCAUCUUUUCUUGGGACUGCACGUGUGAUUGGGUGGUCUGGACUUAUGCUUGGUACAUAUUUAUAUAAUCGAUAUUUAAAGCGUAAGAAGCUAAGACACGUCCUCAUGUAUGCUCAUAUUGGCCUUGCAAUUGUAAGCCUCUCGGACAUCAUGUUAGUAUCUAAGUUGCAUAAUCAGUUGGCUAUGCCAGAUAAAUAUAUAGUACUAUGGGGAUCAGCUUUCGGUGAUGCAAUUAAGCAAUUCAAGUUGAUGCCAUUCCUGAUAAUAUCUGGGCAGCUAUGCCCCCCGGGAAUUGAAGGAACACUUUUUGCCCUGUUUAUGUCCAUAAAUAACUUGGGAGCCACUUUGGGCUCAUUCUUAGGAGCUGGUUUGGCAUCAUUGCUGAACAUUUCUUCGGAGUCUUUCGAUAACCUUAUUUUUGGUGUGGCUGUGCAACUAUUAGCCACUCUGCUUCCCAUAACCUUUCUGUUUCUGAUUCCAAAGGAAGCGACCGGAUUAACAUCAUAAUCACGGUGAUGGACCAGCAGAGAAAUCUCCCUUUUGUUUCACUUUCUGAGUUCAAAAAACUGCAGUCAAAAAAAAGAAACUGAAAGGCCAGUCGUUGAUCGUCUGAAAGAGCAAAGAUUUAAAACAUAAAAUAGUGUUGCUUCACUUUUAACUCAGCAACACAAUUGCUGAUUUCUGGUCAGACUAGACUAGUUGGAGCAAUCAUUUGAAUCAAUCAUGAGAGAAAUAUUGUACCUUGUUCGAUACUAUCGUUCGUGUCUCCAUCCGAAAGCUUAGCCGCAGUCCAAUGGAUGGUAGCGGUGUGUUGCUGUUUUUGUUGUCAUUCAGGGAGUACAACCAAGUCGAGGAGGGCGAGGAGAACUACUGGGCUUUUGGGCCUUCAACAGGCCUCAUCGUUAAGUCGGCCCAAUCAGCAUGAUUGCAAAUUCUAAAGUUAUGGAUGGCUCCUCCUGUCAUCACAACCGUCCAUCUGAUGCAGUUAAAGCAGGAGACUGUCGAGCUUGCAGCCUUCAGAUUGCAAUCACGCAACUGAUCUCACCUAUGAAAUUGGAAUCAGUUAUGGGUUUGUAAUCAUGCAGGGGGAUGGGUUAGGCAUCUAUAUUUAUUAAUAAUAAUAAUAUUAUUAAUAUUAUUAUUAUUUUCCGGAUAGGUAGCAGUUCCAUCCUACAGAUCCAUAUAAGCAGGAGAUCUAUAGGCAGGGAUUGAAACUGCAAUGUCCUUUAGCACUGAAGUAGGAGCUUAUUUUGGGCCCAUCCAUGGUUUUGGCCUUGACAAAAAGGGGAGAUUGCUUGAAGGGGUGACUGAGAGCUAGCUUUUUCCUUUUAUCGUGUGUAUCACAUAAAAAUGCAUCACAACAAGCUCUGCCAUCCCCAUUAAGAAGGCUCUUUUAAUCUCUGCAGGGAACCCUGUAUCCCCCUCUGACAGUCCGCCACCGCACCCCCAUUCAUAGUAGCUCUCUUUUGACCCAUCCCGCCCACUUCCUUCUCCUCACAGAGAGAGAGAGAGAGAGAGGAGCAUACUGUCCUUGACAGCGAUGCGCAUACGGGCACGGGCUUAUGAAUGGAGGAGGAACAUGUGCUGUUUGCCGGAGGAGAAUUCUGGCGAUGUUUCCAUGUUUACUAACGACCGAGAUGCCUUCCAUUUAUAAGCAUCACUAACUGGCUCUAUUUAUUUAGAUAAAACAAGUUUUAUUUUCUGCCUCUGCACGCUUUGCGGAAUAAUCUUAAUCAUGCAGUAUUUUUUUUUGGACUCAACGAAGAGUACUCCGCAGCAGCACCCGUUCGCCCAUCUUUCUCAUCUGUAUGUAGUCUUUGGGUUCUAUAAAUACCACACACAAGGCCGUCUCGGUGACCCAAUCCAGCUCACGAGAAACACCCAUUUUGUCGCACAUGGUUCCUUUGCCCAUCUGCACAUCGUUUCAGACAAGCCUCCUUCGUCUUCGUUUCUGGUACUUUUGCGUUGCAGGGCUGGCGAGGCUUCCGGUGCCGACGGACAUUACUGAGGUGUGGCAUGGCAUGACAUGGCAUUGGUAAGAUGGUUUUGCUCAAGACCGCGCAACACUUCCAUAUGACGGCGCAUCGCUGUGCUCGCCUAUCCAUCAUGGAGGAGGGAGGAGGCGAUAGGGCUGGACGUCGAUGCGCUGCUCUAUGGCCAGGCUGCGCGGUUCUUGCGCAACAUCUCGCACCACCUGUUCCCUCUCUUCUUCCUCUCGUCUCGCUCGCUCUCUCUUUUGAAUCUUGGAAGGCACUGACAUGGUUUUAGAUGAUGAGAAGUUUCCGGAGAAUGUAUUGUCACAGGCUCUUUGAUCGUCUCCCUCCUUUGGAGCUUUCGUGCAAGCAUCGAGCUUCGUAAGAGAGGUUUAUCUCACAUCAAAUUCAUCUACUCUCCUCGGAGCCAAAAAGAACCCAAGGAAGGAAACAAGCAAGGCUGCAGCGCACUUCUCUCUUCUACAAAGCAUCCAGCUUCGCAAGGGGAGUAGUAGGGUUUCUGUCACCACCAGGUUUGGCCGGCUGACUCCAACUUUUGUUCCCCAUCUUUUCAGUAGAGACGUAGCAGAACGUGAGCUGGAAGCGGAUGUGAUUGAGGAGACGGCGAGCAGAACGGCUGUCCUCCCAACACACAGCAGCCAAUUCCGCUCUUUCAAGUCGGGCAUGAACCGGCCCUGAUCUCAGGUUCGGCGGUCAUGAUGCAUGCAGAAUGAUACACACAUACGCACACAUACGGCUGAGAUCUGUGUGCGUGCAUGGAUUUGGCCGCCUUCAUGUGCAGGUUCGGCAAAGAUUCGAGCGAAUGGCCGUGUGCUGCACGUUGGAAUGUCCCAUUCUUUGGUCCACUCAUCUGCUUCCUGCUUUGUCCAUUCAUUACAUGAAGGUCAAUUUCACUGCAGCAAUAUUGGCUGGUUAUAUGCGAUGUGCUGAGGACAUGACUCACCUCACCCAACCUUAUCAUCUUCUUCGAAAGGCGUAACUUAAGCAUUGUAAUUAGAAUUCCACCCUUUUCUGGAGGUGUGCAUAUAUAAGACUAUAUAUAGUGAGUGAUACAAGGAAGAGUUCAAUGUGAUUGCUGUGUGAACUUAUACUAAAUCAAGCUCUUGUAUUGAAUUA